AUGCGUGCGGCACUCGCCUUGCUCACUGGUAUAUUCGUCAGAAGACUUUACAGAAACCCACGCAAGUUGAUCAAUCAAUCAUUACUACACAAGUCACCGAUUGGAUUUGGAUUGUUUGUGGCGUUCUACACUGGUGGAUAUAAGGCACUCCUGUGUAUGUUGAGAGCGAUCAGAGGAAAGGAGGAUGGAUUCAACAGCGCGAUUGCAGGUUUCUUUGCAGGUGCCUCCAUGAUGUUCUCCAAGAGUACAGAGAUGUCACUCUACCUCUUUGCCAGAGCCUUGGAGUCAUUAUUCAACGCAGCACAUAAGAGAGGCUACGUCAAGUCAUGGAAGCAUGGAGAUGCUGCACUAUUCUGUUUCAGCACUACGGUGAUGUUCUACGCGAUGGUCUGGGAACCAAACACUGUUCGCCAGUCAUAUCUUAAGUUCCUGUUCAAGGUCACUGGUGACAAGGUCGAUCUUGCUGGAAUCACCAAGAAGCUCAGGGAUGCUCACGCUUCACACCAAGCUUAG